AAAACCUCCAUCCACAAAAUGUCAAACAGAUUUUAAAGCGCGGGAUUUUUACUUCGUCUCAAAUAAAUUUUUAUUAAAAUCACUAUAAAUAAGAAUAAUAAACAAUUUAACUAAAAAAGUGUUUCAUUUGAAAGCAUUUAAUUUAAGAGAAAUUAAAACAGCUCUAAAAUUAUGAAAGAAACUAUGGAGAAUGGUGAUGCUAAAGUUUUGCCCAAGUAUGAUCCCAACAGUUUGCAGGAUAUGCUUCCUGUUUAUUAUAAACGUUUGUUUCCACAUAAACCAUUUUAUCGAUGGCUAUCAUAUGGAUUGUCUGAACCAGGGAUAUUUUCAAAUCGAGAAAUUUCUUUUACACUAGCAGAUGAUAUUUAUAUACGUUACCUUUGCUAUGACACUGAAUCUCAAAUGGAAAAGGAUAUUUGUUCGAGAAAUCCGGUGAAAAUUGAUAUUGGACCUGUGAUGCAGAAUAAACCAUCAGUUCUGCGUAUGUCCUCCAAGGCCAUGAUCCCCGUCCAACGUGAAUUAGUCUUUGAUAUUGAUAUGACUGACUACGAUGAUGUGAGAACAUGUUGUGAAGGUGCUGCCGUAUGCACAAAAUGCUGGAAAUUCAUGACUGUUGCUUGUAAAAUCUUGGAUUUGGCACUUAGAGAAGAUUUUGGCUUCGAACACAUUUUAUGGGUAUUCUCUGGUCGUCGUGGUAUACAUUGUUGGGUGUGUGAUCCUAUAGCUCGUCGGUUGGACUCCAAAGGGCGUUCAGCAGUUGCCGAAUAUUUGCAAGUAGUCAGUCAUGCAGUUAGUGGGGAUAACAAUAGUAGCGUUCGAGCGAUAAUUGGCGAGCGAAUGCAUCAUAGUAUUAAACGGGCCUUAAAAAUAAUCGAACCAAUGUUUGAAGAAAUUGUUCUUGAAGAUCAAAAUCUCUUUGGAACGGCCAAAGGAGUUGGAAAACUUUUACAAAUGAUUCCUGAUGAAAAUGCUCGCAAAGAUGUCGAGGCGCAUUUGAAAAAGCACGAAGGUGCCAACUCCAAGACUAUUUGGACAACUUUUACUCGAUUUGCAAACUCGAUGCGUAGUCAAGCCGCAUCAACUAUUUGGACAAGAAAAAUGAGAAAUAUUGUCGAAGAAAUUCAAUUAGCUGUGGUAUAUCCACGUUUGGAUAUAAAUGUCACAAAGGGAUUCAACCAUUUGCUUAAAGCUCCAUUUUGUAUACAUCCGAGCACGGGAAAACUGUGUGUUCCUUUCAAUGCGAAUCUGGCUUCAAAGUUUGAUCCGACAAAUGUGCCAACCAUAGUGUCUCUGAUGGAGGAAAUCAAUGUUUUCGAUGAGAAGAGUAAAGAUGAAGAUGCUCCAAAAGAUAAGAGUCGCAUUAAAGACUUUAAGAAAACUGGAAUGUUUAAACCUGUGGUAGUUUUUGAAGAAUUUCUGCGAAAGCUUGAAAAGAGCUACACGUCCAAAGCAAUCGAAGUGAGCGAUACAACUUUGGAGUUUUAAACUUGAUUAUUAUUAAAAUUAAAUUUUGUUAUUUUAUACGUAAAA